GGCUUCCAAGCCGCCGCUCUGCCCUGCACGCAUCUCCGAGAUGACGCAAGAUCAGAAUGCCUCAAGUGGCAGAUUUCUAGAUGCCUGAGAGGAUGUUGAAUGCACUAAGGUCGUUGUGCUCGGAUGACGUCUGGUAGAGGUCGCCGAGAAGGCUGGAAUAAAGGUGGACUUUUGUGUGAAAAGCAGAAGGGAGCUACCGACGCGGAUGCAUUCCAGAGAGUCAAACGUGAGAAGGGGGGUCUUGCGAUGAGCUCGGCUUGCACCUUUCUUGCCUCGCUUCAACUCUCGUGUUGGAGGGCGAUGAUGAAUCAGCUCUGACUGAUGUGACCGCACCGCUAGGGCGUACAGAUGAGUCGUGAGCCAGGCACAGGUAGCGCUGGCAGACCAGGCCGUACUGAUGCGCGGACAAGGCCAGUGGAAGGCGAAGAUCUGGUGAAUGAUGUGGAUGACUAUUUGUCCCUUGGGCGUCCAGUCAAUGAGUUCUUGUCCAAUGGCAAAUGUGGAUGGAUGUCUAUGUCAAGGCCUACGAAUUUGAAUCUGCGUUGAUCGAUAUCGU